AUGGUUGGAUUGGCGACGGUGCGUCAGGCACGUGGCGACCGUGAUGGUACUGAGAUCUCGGAGCGAGGUCGUGACCGUGGUGAUGCGGAGAUGGCGCAUGGGCCGGCUGGUUGGCACGAAGUGGUGCCGGUGCCGGAGCAUGGUGACCGUGAUGAUGCGGAACUGGAGCGUAGGCCGGCUGGUGGCCAUGAACCGGCGCCGGCGCUGACGGAUGGUGGCCGUCAUGGUGGUGCGGACCUGGAGCGUGGGCCGGCUGGUCGCCAUGAACUGGCGCCGGCGCUGACACAUGGUGGCCGCCAUGAUGGUGUGGACCUGGAGCAUGGGCUGGCUGGUGUCCAUGAACCGGUGCCGGCGCUGACGCGUGGUGGCUGCCAUGGUGGUGUGGACAUGGAGCGUGCGCCGGCUGGUGGCCAUGAACCGGCACCGGCGCUGACGCGUGGCGGACACCACGGUGGUGCGGACUUGGAGUGUGGGCCGGCUGGUGGCAUCCGCCAUGGUGGUGCGGACCUGGAGCGUGGGCCGGCUGGUGACCAUGAACCGGCGCAGGCGAUGACGCGUGGUGGCUGCCAUGAUGGUGUCCUCGAGCGUGCGUCGGCUGGUGCGCCGGCGCUGACGCGUGAUGGACGCCAUGGUGAUGUGGACCUGGAGCGUUCGCCGGCGCCGUUGCUGGAGCAUGACCGCUGUGAGGACCUGGUGCCAGCGCAUGGUCGGCACCACCGUGGCAGGGAGCCUUUAGUGAGUGAGCAGGCGCCGGCACCGGAGCGUGAUGGCCAUAGUGGUGGUGAGGGCUCGGAGCAUCAGCAUGGGGAUGGUGGAGAGGACCAGGCGCGUGAUAAACGGCGUGCGCUGUGGACGGCGCAACCAGCAGCAGUGCCAUCACCCCGGCCAUUGGCACGAUGA